AUGGGUGCGGAUGUGGAACACGAGUAUAAAGUGAACGUGCCGGUUAUCUCGCUCAAAGACGAGGUGAUUGAGACGGCGCAGCCCUUUCGACAGCUGCUGGUCAUCGAAGAGGACCCUUUCCGGGAUUACCGCGGCAAGAGCGCGGGCGAGCGCGCCAAGUUGGCUCUGUUCUACCUCUUCCCGAUCCUCGAGUGGGUCUCCAAGUAUAACUUCAAGGCGCAGUUCUUCGGCGAUGUCGUCGCCGGUCUGACCAUCGCCAGUCUCGCCGUUCCUCAGGAUCUGGGCUAUGCGGGACUUGCCAAUCUCCCUCCUAUCAAUGGCCUCUAUAGUAGUUUCCUGCCGCCGCUCGUGUACUCCGUGCUCGGUACUUCUCGCCACAUCGCCAUCGGCCCCGUCGCCGUCGUUUCGCUGCUGCUCGGCGAAUUGCUCGUCGACUACUAUGACCCGGUUAACCAGGCGAACCAAUAUCUCAACCUCGCGAUCACGGCGACGUUUUUCGCCGGGAUUUACCAGCUCGCGAUGGGCAUAUUCCGACUCGGAUUCAUCAUCGAAUUUCUGAGCCACGCCGCGAUUGUUGGGUUCAUGUCCGGAGCCGCGAUCACGAUCGCGCUGCAGCAGCUAAAGGGGUUACUGGGCUACUCGAAAUUCACCCAGGACACGGAUAUCGUCAGUGUGCUUUCGUACGUUUUCAAGAACACCAACCAGUUCAACUGGAAGGCGUUCCUCGUCGGCAUCAGCGUGCUCAUCUUCCUCGUCACCCUUCGUUUCCUCGCCUGGUACUUCGCCAAGAAGAAGCCGCUCGGAACCGUGUUCUUCUACCUCAACUGCCUGGGCCCGUUCAUCGCUGUCGUCGUCGUGACGCUCUCCGUGUGGGGCGCCAAGGCCAACAAGGCCAUCCCGUGCGUCAAGGAAAUGCCCAAGGGACUCGCCAGUCUCGGAUCGCUCAAGCGCCUGCAGCUCACGGGGCAAGACGCCGCGGAUGCUGCGGUUGUGGGGCUCAUCUCCGGACUCGUCGCUCUCACGGAAGCGUCCGCCAUCGCGCGUACCUUCGCGUCGCUGGAGGGAUAUCAUGUCGAUGGCAACAAAGAGAUGAUUGCUCUUGGCGCGAUGAACAUAGUCGGCUCCUUCUCCUCCAGCUACGUCACCACUGGUUCCUUCUCGCGAUCGGCUGUCAACUACAACGCCGGUGGUUCCACCAUGCUCACCAACAUUGUCAUGUCUCUUGUCGUGCUCGUCACGCUGCUCUGGAUCACUCCUGUCUUCCAGUACCUCCCAAGCGCGGUGCUUUCUGCCAUCAUUAUUGUGGCUGUGCUGGGACUGAUUGACAUUCCUGGAGCAAUCAAGAUCUUCAAGACUGACAAGCUUGACUUCUUGAUCCUUCUCGGAACCUUCCUCGGCAUCCUCUUCGACUCAGUGGAAACCGGUCUCCUGGUCGGUGUGGUUAUGGGGACCUUCAAGGUCGUCAUUCAGGUUACCAGGCCGCCACUCUCUGUGCUCGGUCUUGUACCAGGUACCGGGGUGUACCGCAACAUCAAGCAGUACGACGGUGCUAUUGUUGAGGAGGGGGUGUACGUGCUGCGCGUGGACGGCCCGGUGUACUUCCCGAAUGCGAAUUACAUCCGGGAGAAGUCGCUGAGUCUGAUCGACGAGCAUGACUUCAACCGCGAUGUCAAGAUCACUCACUUCAUCCUGGACUUUACCCCUGUGCCGGACAUUGACUCUUCUGGCACCACUGCACUGGAGGAGCUGCACUCGCUGCUCUCCAAGAACAACAUUCAGCUCGGCAUCAGCAACCCCUCCAAGAUGGUUCUCCGCAAGCUUGCUGUCUCUGGCGUGCUGGAGGCUAUGGGCGAGGAGUGGCUCUUCCUCACUGCCAACGAGGCUGUCAAGUCGUGCCGCUCGUUCCGCGCAUCUGCCAAGGAUGUGUAA